AUGUCUCACAGGAAUGAUGUCGGUUGUCUAGGACAAGACAGUGCACCCCAUACCCCACUCCCUUAUGACCUUUCGUCUUAUUUUGCACCGCGUAUUGAGGGGACCUUGCAAUCUGCUGUCAGCGAAGGCGAAAGCGACAAAUCAUCACCUAAUCACUCAAAGCGCCCACGUGAUGGCGAUGAAAGCGACCAGGAAUGGACCGCGCAUGAGCUCGGGCUUGUAGAAAACAUGUUGCUACAACCUUCCAGUCAAUUUGCCCCCGGAUCUUUGCCUCCCUCUACAGUCCUUGACGAUUUUACUACACGGCUUUUGCAUUCGCAGACUACUGGGUCUGAAAAAUCGCGUUCACCCGGCGAAGAUUCCAUCACUACGAUCUGGCUACACUCGUGGGAUUCAACGCGACAGAAAAUGAACGAGAUUGCGCUUGAAAACAGCCGAUUUGGUAUCGAGGCGGAAAGGCGCAAGCUUCCCCGGGAAGAGCGCUCAGAGCGACCCGGCCUGCGACGCAUGGAUAGUAUGGAUUUUCUGGACGAAGGCACCGUAGCCGACCGCAGCACAAGUGCUGUUGGGCGUGCUCUACGAUUUGCCAAUGCCUUCUAUCAAAUUAGUCCCAUCUGCGGACCAGAAACUCCCUUCGCCCCUACCGCCAAAGGUGUCGGGCCGUCGGCUGUCAGCCGGGGUAGCGCGACCAUCAAGUCUUCUCCAAAGGGGACGCAGUUUUACCGCUGA